AUGCCGUCGACGUCGCUGACGAACGGUACUGUGAACGGAAACGCAGAUUCCUCGCCUCUUGGUGGCGGAGGAGAGAGAGCGGAUGUUGUGGCGAUGCUCGCUGAUGAUAAACCCGGAGUGUCCAUGAUGGAGCAGUUGGUUCCGGAGAUUACAACCCACGCGCUUAGCUACUUGGAUUAUCCCAGUCUUUGCCGCUUGUCCAUGACGAAUUCGCUGAUGAGGAAGGCUGCUAACGACGAUAAUGCUUGGAAAGCCCUUUAUCACAAGGAUUUUACGCUGGAACAAGAUGGUAUAAGACCUGUCAACGGGUGGAAAGAAUACUAUGCAACAACGAGAGCAAUCAUGAGUGUGAAUACUGAAUUCUUCACCAUCAUCAGAGAUAGGUCGCUUCAAGAAAUGGGUCGAUUAUGGCUGAACUCAGACUAUGUGAAGUGCAUCCAUGCCUCUGGCGAAUAUUUCUCAGGGUAUAGGGAAGUGAUGCAAAGCUGGGAACUGUGUUUCAACUGGGAAGAAGGGUAUGACUUUCAGGUGCACAACGUACGCACGCGGAUAGUAAGCGGCAUGGCUUGGGUCACCAUGAAAGCAUACGUGAAUGUGGACGUUGGUCCAUUCCUCAUCACCAAUUUGUUUGAGUUCCACAAUGGCAGGUGGCACUUGGUUCAUCAUCACAGCUCUGUCAUGCUCAAUGAUGUCGUCAAUCAACAAGUCCUUGCUCAGUGA